AUGUUUGACGUUAAAGAUGCAUUAUAUAAACUUGGGAGGUCACUGACGGCCACCGAGGAUUCGCUCCCCUCGAACACCAGUGAGUCGCAAGCUUCAACGAAGAAUGGCAGCAAACUCUCCCAUACAAAGACAGAAUCUGAUAUACUUCUCAGCAACAAGUGGGAAAAUUAUGAAGAAGAUCUAGAUACGCUACCGGAGGUAAACCUGGUCGGAUACCUCCCUACCACCAAAAACCGUUUAUUAACAGUCGGAAUGUGUGAUGAAAUACGAAUGUUAAUGCCCCCAAGAAUACAGUUAUACAAUGAAUGGACAUUAUUAUAUAGUCUGGAACAACACGGGGCCUCAUUACAUUCGUUAUAUGCAAAUGUAACCCCCGAUGAUGAUGUCAAUAGAAGAAUCGGGUAUGUCAUUGUUAUCAAAGAUCGCCAGAAUGGUAUAUUCGGAGCAUAUUCGAACGAACCUUGGUUACCACAUGAACAUAAACGUUAUUAUGGUAAUGGUGAAUGUUUCUUAUGGAAAUUGGAAAAAGUUCCUGAUUUGGUGAUUAAAAAUAAUGAGGAAACGAAUAAAGUAGAUAAACAUGAAACAGAAGACAAUAGAAAAUGGCAGUUUCUAGGGUAUCCAUACACUGGUGUUAAUGAAUUUGCUGUAUAUUGUACAUCUGAAUUUUUAUCAAUGGGAGCUGGUAAUGGUCGUUAUGGUCUAUGGUGCGACGGAAGCCUGUUGCGUGGUGUAUCAUAUUCCUGUGAUACAUAUGGUAAUGAACCGUUGAGUAAAGAAGGAGAAAAGUUUCAUAUAAUGGGCUUAGAAGUUUGGAGAGUUGGUUAA